GUUCGGGGUCUUCUAGACCUACCACUCCCUUGGGAAGCUCUCUUAUCUUACUAGGCACUUGCAAUGAUGGGGGCGACCUCGAGCUGUAAAAAAAGGACCGACAUGGCAUGCCAAUUGUUACGUGCGUUCUAGACCAGCUUUUCGACUUCUCGAAUCACUGCAUAGUCCUCGUGGCUCGGGUAUCUGCUGUACUCUGUCAGGGGCCGCAGAGGUUCGCUGGAACCUAAGUCAGACCAGAAAGACGUUCGAUUCUGAUUUAGUUCCGUCUUUGUCCCUCGGCAGGUGGUCAGCGUCUCGUUGAUUGGGAAUUUGUAGCUCUUGUCUAAAUCCCAUAGACUAGGCACAUAUUAGCGAUUCCCGUGAUAAGGCACAUUCUGCUCGGCUACAAGAGGACUCCAGCCGGGCAGAUGGUUAAUGAUAUUUAAUAUCUCAGAAGUAUUUAAUAUCCGGACUGGCGGAACUUGCAAUAGUCUUCCACGACGUCAAGAUGAUACGACAGAAGCGUACACACAGCUCCAAGAGUAGGAAAACUCACAGCCACAGCCACAUCGAGCCGCUAGACUACCAUGAUUCAACUAGCGCAACGUCAGCGGAUUUUGCGGGAUUUGUAGAUCCCAUACUAGACGGUUCGGCCAUUUUCAACGAAUUGUCUCAGAAAAGCCUCUUCUGGAUGGACGAUACUGACACUACCCGGAAUCGUAUCAAUGGAGACGAAGCGCCAAUGGCAUCAAUACAGCACAUAUCAGGAAAUCUAGCUUCAGUAGAUCCGUAUCCAAAUGCUCUGGAUAAGUUGAGUACCGGAGUGUCGGAUUUCCUAAGCAACCCGAGUAGUGAGGACCAGUCAAUGGACCGAAAUGGAAAACAUCGCUGUUGGGAUCACGGAUGCAACGGGCGUGAGUUUUCGUCCAAGAGCAACUUCGUGAGACAUGUCAAGGAGAGAUCGGGGGCUAGCACGAAGGGCGUAUGCCCCCUAUGCGGGGCGAUUUUCACCCGCAACUCCGCCAGAGAUACGCACCUGGCCAAGCAGAGCUGCAAUAGAAUUCGCCGAUAUUCCAAUGGACGGCCGCGACCCAGCCGGCUCGCCGUCUUGGGAAAUCCCCGGCUUGCAGCUGCAGCUGUGGCCGCAUCGCAAGACGUCCAUUGGCAACCGGUCGACUGGGGCGUCGGAUCCAUGGGCGAUUCGAGUGUGGGCGGAAUAUCGCCGCCGAGCUGAUGCCAAUGCUCACCAACAUACAACACAAGGCGCUAGAGGCGAAGGUACUGUAUUUGGUAAUUAGACGGGAACUCGCAAGCGCGGAUAAUUUUCGAAUUUAGUUAGGAGAGGAGAGAAAGUAGCGGCUAUACCCCCCAGUCGUCGAAGAUCAUGUUUUUGACUUCGGGAUUGAUGAUGAUGGUACACAUACCAAGAUACACACACUAUGA